UAUUUGGGCAGGAAUGCAUACUGUUAGGUACUUUGAUGGAAAAACGUACAAGUGGGUUGGGAUAAGCCGUCAGCCUAAUAUUAUUGGAAAAGUCAAAAGAACACUAGAACAAUUUACACCAGCUCAGUGGGACAAAGAUGAGUGGCAUCCCCUGCUUGGUCCAUGGCGUUUCAUUCAAGUUGUUAGUCUUUGUAUCGUCUUCCUCACAGUUGAGCUCAACACCUUUUUUCUGAAGUUCUAUUUGUGGAUUCCUCCUCGAAACCCCAUUAUUGUGUAUAGGUUGAUAUUGUGGUGGCUAAUAGCAAUUCCUACAAUCUGCGAGUACAACUCAUAUCUUCAAGACAGAAAACCAGCGAAAAAAGUCGGCGCAUUCUGUUGGCUUUCCUUAGCUAUUUGCAUAGUAGAGCUUCUCAUUUGCAUCAAGUUUGGACAUGGUAUGUUACUCUGCAACUAUUAUUAG